AGGAUAUCCCUUUCACCUCGGGCCUUCAUCAGUGCUGUCUGUGUCUGACCCUAGAAUCCACGUUCUCGGACUCUGACGCCAUGGCCGCCCUUGCUACCCGUGCCCUCGCCUCCGCGCCGGUUGCCCUCGAGGCUACCCGCCAGCGCCUUGUCGCCGGCAAGGCCCUGCGCUCCGCUGUCCCUGCCGUCGCUGCUGUGCGCGGCCAGAGGCUCGUUACCCGUGCAAGCCUUGAGAAGCCCACUCGCCAGACGUACUUCGCCUCCCCUCAGUCCCUGAGCUACCUCGAUGGGACCCUCCCCGGCGACUUCGGCUUCGACCCCCUUGGCCUGUCCGACCCUGAGGGUGCUGGCAACUUCAUCGACCCCAAGUGGCUCACUUACGGCGAGCUGAUCAACGGCCGCUGGGCCAUGCUCGGUGUUGCCGGCAUGAUCGCCCCCGAGAUCCUCGGCAGCUACGGCGUCGGCCCCAAGAUUGUGUGGUUCCAGUCCGGUGUCAUCCCCCCCCUGGGCGGCUACGAGUACUGGGCCGAUCCCUAUGCUCUGUUCGUCCUGGAGAUCGUCCUGAUCGGCUUCGCCGAGCACAGAAGAGCUCAGGACUACUACAAGCCCGGCUAUGGCUCCAAGCAGUACCUGCUGGGUCUUGAGAAGGUGCUCGGCGGCUCCGGCGACCCCAUCUACCCCGGAGGCCCCGUGUUCAACUUCGCCGGGCUGGGCAAGACCCCCGAGGAGAUGCACACCUACAAGACGAAGGAGGUCAGGAACUCCCGCCUCGCCAUGCUGGCGGCCCUGGGCUUCUUCUUCCAGGCGUGGAUCACCGGCGUCGGCCCGUACCAGAACCUGCUCGACCACUUGGCCGACCCCGUGAACAACAACAUCCUCACCAACCUCAAGCUGCACUAAGCUGUUUAUUCUCAAUAUAAAUGUAAAGAUUUUGUGAAGAUAAUUCCAAUUACAAACCAUAUUUGCAUCUCAUAUAGCCACAAGAUACCCAUGUGCACAAUUACGAGCUUGGAAUGAUCAUAGGCGAUCACGUGCUGACGGGGGUCGUGGUUCGGAAUUAGACUUAGUCAGCAUGGUAGUUUGUGUAACACGAUGACUCUGGAAGUAGGCCGGGUUUGACUGUCAGCACGCUUUGUCCACAUGGCGUCCAUCGUCCCCGUUACACUGACAGCCCUUAAUCUCCGUUCUUUACGGCGCAGUUGCAGCAAGGGCCAAGUCCGUCCCAAAACACGUAGAGCGCCGAGGAUAGUUGCCACAGCACACCUGAAUAAGGACGAUCGGCAGACGUGGUUCGCUUCGUCCCAGUCGUUGACGUACCUCGACGGAAGCCUGCCAGGCGACGUCGGAUUUGAUCCUCUCGGGCUGUCGGAUCCGGAGGGCGCGGGCGCGUUCGUGAGUCCGCGAUGGCUGGCGUACGCGGAGGUGGUGCACGCGCGCUGGGCCAUGCUGGGCGCGCUGGGGAUGCUCGCCCCGGAGAUGCUGGGCGAUCUGGGCGUCAUCCCCGCGGGGACGGGCGUCGAGUGGUUCCGCUCGGGCGUCAUUCCGCCGCUGGGCGCGUUCGACUACUGGGCUGACCCCUACGCGCUCUUCGUCGCGCAGAUGGUGCUGAUGGGCUUCGCGGAGCACCGCCGCGCGCAGGACUUCUACACGCCCGGCUACGGCGCGACGGCGCCCUUGUUCGGGCUGGAGCGCGUGCUGGGGGGCUCCAAGCGCCCCCCGUACCCCGGCGGACCCUUCUUCAACUUCGCGCGGCUGGGGCGCUCCAAGGCGGAGACGCGCGCGCUGAGGACCGCGGAGGCGAAGCACGGGCGCGUGGCCAUGCUGGCGUGCCUGGGGUGCCUCGCGCAGGCGCUGGUGACGGGGAGCGGGCCGUGGCGCAACCUGCUGGACCACUUAGCGGACCCCGCGGGCAACAACGUGCUGGCGUACGUAGGGCUGCUGUGAGGCUGUGCGUUGCCCUGUCGCACGGCGCUGCUGGGAAGACAGGAGUGAAUGUGUUAC